AUCAGGCUGCCUGGGCUGGCGGGAGGGAGGGGAGCUGUCUGUGUUACAUGGACUCAGCGGCUCGCUAGUCACAGGAGGCAGUCACUUUGAUGCAGACAAACAUUUCAGCCCCGGAGCUGGUCUUCUGAUCACACGCCACAGUUAACACAAAAACCCGAAAUCUGGGUCAAAUGUACCUGUUGCGGAAAAGAAGACAGAUAUAGAAGCGAGCACCCCGCCUCUGGGAGCUUUCUCCGGCUGUGUGAAAGGUGGAAGAAGCGGCGCCCGUGCCUGCGAGACAAGGUACGAGAAAUGAUUGCUUAAGACGUCCAAGAGAGUUGGAAGGCAGAGAUGGUGAUGGAGCAUCGAGAUGUCCAUUGGGUCCUGGCAUACUUUCUCAUCUGUUCCAGUAUCAUCCAAGCCACGACUGUAUCUCCGCUUGCCAAAGGCGAUUCAUCAGUCGGCAACAACAUCAUUUACAUUUAUUCCGCCAAAACUGCCCACGAUGGACAUCCAAACCCUCCGAGCAGCUCGUCCAGCCUCCUGCCGGAGAUCUCUAUCAAAGACUCCCCUAAUGGUGAGCGUGCUGGGCCUGGCCACUCGGGCAUGUCCCCUUGGUCCCCGGGAAUGGCAUCAAGUGAAAGUUCACCAGACUUUAGUGGUGAUGAUGAGGAUCUAGUUUUUGACGAUGAGGAUAUGUUUGCUGAAGACGGAGGCACGGAGAGAGAGGACAAGAGUGAUGGUGAACAAGUCGAACAGAAUAUGUUUGAAUCUGCAAAGUUUCUUUUUGGAAAUGCAUCUGUUCCGUCAGUCCUACCUGUUGAGGCAAGUUCCAAUUUUGACAAUUCUUUGUUUAAGCCACCGCAUAAUAGUACCGCAGUUUCUAAGGCAUCCCACUCCCAUCAAGUGAACAUGAGUCCGCCAGGCAGUGGGACAGCGCUCGGUGCCUCUUUUCUCCCAAAUCCCACAAUGUUUCCAAAUGAUGGCUCAAUCUUUGAGGCCACUUCUCGUCACACGACACUUCCGCACAUUGGGACCGUGCAAACCACACCUAUGCCUCUUGUUACUCGGGAAGCUGUGAAUCCAACAUUGGCUUCAGAUCAUUUGGUGAGUGGGGAGCAACAUUUAGCCGCUAUCUCUGACGUGCCACUGAGAAAGGGAAAGCCCGUUUUGGAAUUCGAAAGGAAUCGUGAUCAGACGACACCAUUGGUUUCCGAAUCAUCUCCUCCUGCGAAAUGGGAUCAGACUUUCAUCUCAAAGAAAGAGGCUGAGAAUCGUAUGACUUCUGCACCGAUGCGUUCUGUUUCUCCUUUGCUCACGGGGUCCAGUUAUGCUGCAAUGAGGAGAGAAAAAUCAUUAAUAGUUAGUCAACCUGCUGUUGGUGUUCCUGAACGUAAUGAUCGGCUGGGUGCUCUCAAUGGAACAGCCGCUGUAGAAACCAAUGCCCCAUCCAAUGCUCGACAUGCUGCCAAUGGUGUAGAACAUACCCAUAAUUUGCCAACAAAUUCUGCCACAGAGAAGCUGGUGUCUGAGGUGAGGUGGCAAACUACUGCUCAAGCGUACGCAAGUGUGAAGGUCCUCAGUGAUGCCCACAGAAUGUCUACGUCACAGUGGACGAGAAGGCCGGUGUACGAUGCUGGCAGAUUCCUACCGGCCCAGCAAACUACUCAAACAUACUCAACAUCGGAACGAGGAUAUGAUACCUUCAUUAAUCGAGCAGACAACACCUCCAUGUUCAUUGAGAUGCUGAAAGAUGCCCAGUUGGUCAAUGGUCGACCAACUAACAUUAAUCAGGGCUCCACUGUGAGGGGUACCUCUCUGGCAAUGAAUGCCAUCUCUCCAACGGCUAGGCUGCAGCACCUGACCAUGAAGGGAAAUAGAAAUGGCAUGUCACCAACUGAGCCACCCGGACCUGUCACUGCCACUUCCCUCUCACCGCUGACUGCAUGGAGGCUUGGUUCAUCGAGAGAAGUCAGCUCCGCUCUUGAAUCUGCCACAACCUUGAGAACUGAGCGCACACCAAGCGGCCGCUACAUGGCAACGCUGAAGACGGGACCGACGGCACUCGCUCAAGGGCUGUCGGCAAAAGUCUCGAACAAAGCAAAUGUUUCUGACACCCAGACACCUCUCGUGCAGGAAGGGCCUGGGACCAAGUCAGUGGGCACCAAUCCGACUCCACCGUGGGCAACAACAAAGGUCCCUUCCCCCAGUUCCUGGCCUACAAAGAUACCUGAAGCAUGGACAUCAACUAAGGGAGGUCCUGUUAAAGCAGAUGUUACACCUCCAUUGAAAGGAGCUGCUACAGAGCGGACAUCCUCACGAGCUACUGGAACACCUGGAAUACAUUACAGCAUUGUGACAACGAGGAAGGGCGGCCAUUCAGGGACUGCCACCCGAACACCGACCAUGAAAGUAGCAUCCAACACUACGGCUGGUGUCAACACUACUUCUCCCAAAGGCCAGGGCCAUCGCAAUGGGCUGGAACACAAACAGAUCAUGCCAAUCAGUGCCCACAAGCCAAAUCACACUGCUGACGCCAGGACAACUGUUGGCAGUCGCUCAAAUAAAAUCAGCUCCCGUUUUGAACUCUGCCCCACACAGGAUAGAGACUGUGCCAUCAACACAACCUUCACCCAGUGGAAGGACAUGAAACGGACUUUGGGAUUUGCUUGGGAAUUGCACAUUUAUGGGGCAGGAGUGCUGUUCGUUAUCCUCAUGGUGAUAUCACUUAUUAAUUUAAUCGGCUCUCCCAUCUUGUACAUUCCUGACCUCGGCUACCUGAUGGCGGCUCACGCUGUACUAUUUGUAUUGGCCUUCCUAAGAGCACUGUAUCUAUUUCUUGAUCCAUACGGCAGCAAAGCCAAACUGCCCCUGGUGAGUGGUUUGGUGUUGUACAACAUCACGUUUCCCCUCCUCGUCACUACCUUUGGCAUCCUCACUCUGCUCCUGCUGAAGAUGGGGAGCCUUCAAAUGCUCUCGUCGAAACUCCAGAGCCCGACCAUCCUGUCCACAAUUGCGUCUGCCCAUUUUGUCGUGCUGAUAAGCGGCGAUCUCCUGUGCCUCUUGGUCAACCCCGCUGUGAACGUGGUCCUGCACGUCUUCUCCGUUUCCUGGGCUUCGUUCCUCUUCACCGCCUUCUUCCUCAGCUAUCGCAAGCUCAAGAGUCGCCCUGAAACCUCCCUGCAGCCGAUUCAGAAAUCGGCCAUCGGUAACGAAGAACCGCUCGAUCAGCAGAUUCAGGGGAGAGCAUUAAAACAACUCCUAAUCUCCACGAGGGUGAUGGCAAUCGCCGCUGUUUUGGGGUUCCUGUGUUGCGCUCUGCAGGUCUAUGCCACUCUCUGGAAUUAUGGACUGUUGGGAAAGAAAGGGCAGUUCUAUUGGACAUGGUGGUUCCUUCAGUUUUGUUAUCGAAGCUUUGAGAUUGCAAUGUCCAUUGCCAUGAGUUUUGUGGCCUCAUACACGUUCUGCCAACAACAUACCCGACCUGGCCACACCUGCUGGAGGAAGAUUGUCCAAUAUUUCCACCACUACAGGAAAAGCGAGGUGCGUGACUACCCGAAUAACUGCUUCGACUGGUCUUACGGAACGCAGGACAGGGUAACCAGCAACAACAUCUGCAAGAACCUUCUCCGUAACCAGUCUGAGUCCAUGCCUCUGAAAGCGAUGAACGGUACCAACGGCGCCAAGCCUGCCAAGAGUUACCUCAGCAGCAACGGUUCCAUUCUCUCGCUGGAUCACAGGCCCAAAAUACCCGUCCUGGGGCCCAAAUCCCACAACCUGUUGAUAGGCCGCUCUUUUACGAGCAUCUGCAUUGAGAAGGAGUCGGCUGUGUCCCUCACUGAGUUAGACCUGCGCCCGCCUUCCCCCAUCAACCUUAGCAGAAGCAUUGAUGAAGCGCUCUUCAGAGAGCACAUUGUCCGAGACAGCCUGUUUAACAAUUCGAGUCUUCGACAUGCCAGCCAUCUAGCCUUAGAAGACUCUCGCUCUUCGUUUAGAGUGACCAAAGCUUCUGAUCAGACUAACACUACACAGGCUCCGCUGUGUUUCCGACGCCGGAAUAGUGACCCCGACUGCUUGUACAACAUGGCCAAAAGCAGCUCGCUAAACAACCACCAAAUGGAUACGUCAAAGCAGUCCGUCCAGGAACUCGACAGCACCCAGGCAUCCAGCAGGCUCCACCGAUCCGCCUCCGGAAGCUCCUUGGACAGUAUUUCCAGGACAUCCUUCGGGAUCCACUGGUACACGUGGACUCGCGAGCGUUCUUCAGAGGAGAGCGUGCCCUCUGCCGACCCCGCGAGCGAGAGCCUUCUCUCGCAAGACAAGAGUUUGGACAACCCUGACGUAACAUUGAAGAGCGAAGACCUUGAUCUGGAAGCACAAAAGAGCUUCAUAGAGAUCAGAGUAAUUGACGAUGUCAGCCUUACCAGCGAUACUAUUGAACUCUAACACAAAUCUGAUCUUCCUCAAUUACACUGGAGGAAAGUAACGGAUCUGCGUGAAGAUAAGGUCACUGGCUUUAUCAGUCAUAAAAGUCCCAUGUUCACUGUCACUGACUGAAAAAUGGGGAGUGAAGAUCAGUCGAGACUUCAUCCUUAUUCCAUGAAAUUUGACCAACGUGCGGUUGUGAAACCAAGUAUGUACGUAUUGGUACAAAGUCCUUUUCCCUGAUUUAUUAAUGCACUAGCUUUCAAAACUCACCUUGUCUCAACUGUAGUUCAUCCAUGUGACAAACAGCGUGAUUUCUGCAGUCCAAUACGCAAGCCUGGGAAUAACACAAACCUUAAUAUCAUGGGGAAAGCAGAUUAAGCAGAAAUACUUACAGGGUGAUUUUUAUUGGUACUAAAUAGGUGUCAUUAUUUUCUGUUUCAAAAAAACCCCCUCAAUCUAAUACCACUCUCCUUUAACAAUGCCUGUUAAGAUUUAGCACUUUAUCAAUCUGCCUCAGAGAGAUCAAAAUGCCAGAUUUCCUAUGGAUACAGCAAGCUUUUUCCUGGACCACAUCAUGAGACCACAAGCUAUUCACAAUCGGUCGACCUUGCCAUCAGCCCUUUCCGUGGAACAUUUCUGUAAGGAGGAGGAAGGAGUUAAUGUGUGCUGAAGCAGAAUCCUGGAGUGACACAGCGUCGAAGGAGGCCAUUCAGCCCAUCGUGCCCAGAUUGUGCCAGAGGCAUGAGUGAGGAAAGCGAGUGAGAGGCAGAGAAUCAAUGAGGCAGAGUGAGAGAGGCAGGAAAUCAAACUGGAAUCGCAAUCAAUUGUGCCCUCAUCUGGUGGAUCUCACCACUGAAUGGAAACAGCCACAAAUCAUUGCUUCUGAGCAGAUUAGACGUAUUCUUUGAAGGCAUCACCAGAUGUGGCCCAGUUUGCAUCUUGGUGUUUACUCAGCUUGCAUUGUAUUCAGCAGUAGCUAACGUAUUCGAAGAAAAUCCAAAAUGAAUCUCCUUGGUCUGUUUUCACAGAUGAAAUUGAGUUAGAAAUGUCAGUCAUUUGUGUUUCACACAUGCAAUGAAUUAUAUUCAUUUCCCAUCCAUCGUUGACUUUAACCUUCCUUCUCGCAAAUCCUUGCCUUUAUUAAAAGGAACGGUUGAUGGCAAAGCAUUUAUCACUCUGAACUGACAAUGAUUUGGCAAGUUUCCCCUGGCUUACACACGCCCAGCUUUACGAAGUGGCUUGAUCUGAGAAUCUACUGGGCCAGGGUUUAAUGCGUAGUGAAGAUGACUGAUGUGAGGGGUGAGAAAGCAGGAUGAGAGCUAACCAGAAAAUGAAAGAAUAUCAAAAUCCAAUUGCUGACAUGUAUCCAACAGUUUUAAGCCCACAGUGAGCUUGCCCAUAUUAGUUCAAGAUGGAGUUCAUAUGUCGUAGGAGCAGUAUAGUGUGGGAAGGAACGGCAUAUCUUUAAACUGAAGAUAGACACAGAAUGCUGGAGUAACUCAGCAAGACAGGCAGCAUCUCUGGAGAGAAGGAUGAUGUUUUUUGAUCGAGACCCUUCUUCAGUAGGGUUGUAUUCAGUAGGUCAGUAGACGUUGGUCAAAUGACAGCAAUUCUACUUUGUGCUUCAUUUAGUUUCAACAUGAGGUGAAAGGUAUUGGACAUGAAAUUCAACAUUUUGUAAACCAGCACCUCCAGUUCCUUGUUUUUAACACCGCAACAUUCAACAUGGCCGCGUGACUGGAAUAUGGAAAAAUUCUCGGAAGGACUGUUCUGAGCCUCGUCUGCUUUGUUCAGGAUGACUGAGGUGUCCUGCUACACCCCUGUUCCAGCUACCUACCUCCCCGCAUCUGUGGCUAUUGGUAUCAAUUAGCUCCAAGCACAGCAAACAUCACUGUUACUCUCCGCAGUACCCCUACAGAAUACAGACAAUCAGGUUGAAGAGACAAUCAUCUUUGAACAUUGCUGCAUCAUUUGGAUAUCAGUGUACACAACAUCACCAAUGCAAGUCAGAUUUAAUAAAAUAUAAAUAGGAUACAAUGACAUUGCUAUAGAAUCCAUUGGAAGAAUGGAUAGAGACAAUCACUUCAAACCUAUGUUCCUGCUGCCUGAGGUGAGGAGAGGAGAAGAUAUCUCCAGGAACUGAUACCUGGAGGAACUGACAGAUAUCUCCACAGAUUUCUUCAAAGAAGAUUGCAGACUUUUCUCCAGCCUUCCCUUGAAACUGAAUGUGGAUGGAGGACUUAAGAGAAUACAGCAUUAUAAAGCUUCAUUGGCCACCAUGACUUGUUUUCGAAUAGACUUUAAAACGUUUUAAACAAAAAAUAAAUGUUUGCAAAAGUCCCAGACACUGGGAAAACCUUAGUGCAGUAUUUUCAAAAAAGCAAUAUUCAUAGUUUGUAACGGCGGCCCAGUUAAAAACAAAAACAGCUGUUUACCAUUUGCUUACCUUUGAAGUACAGUAUUAUAUUUAAUAUGAUCGGAUGGCUCCAUCUUUUACAAUCAUCAGAACAACGUGAUGGAUGGUUUGUUGGAGAGCUUUUCUGAAAGCUGCCUGAACAAAGACCCCUGGAAAUGCACUGUUUGCAUGGAACAUAAACUUGCACUUACUUUAACUGAAGCUCAACUUCACCAUGGAGGGAGUUGUUUGCGAGACUCUGAACUUCAUAACCACAGUGCUAACGCCCUGUUAUUCACUGCCAGCAUCAGCAACUGUAGUUGGGGGUGAAUCGUGAUGUUGGCAGAAGAAACCUGUUCCGUUUGUCUGCCUGCCGUGCCAGAGGGAUGCUAUUGUUACUGAGCGUGUUAUUUGGGGGAGGUGGUAUAAUGUGUAUGCAUGGAAGAAAGUGCAUGAAUAUGUGUAGCCGUAUGCGGAACAACGAGUGCAUGGUUGCGAGUUAGUGGGGAGUUUAAACAGAACAUGUCAGAGCAAUCAACAGGUCAGACAGCAUUUGUGAAGGGAGAAACAACAUUUAUGUCUGCCCCCCCCCCCCCCCCCCCCCCCCCCGGAUGAAAAGAGGGUGGCACAGCUCUCGCAACAUUGGGUCAAUCCUAACCUCUGGUGCUGCCUGUGUGGAGCUUGCACGUUCUCCCCGUGACCGCCUGGAUCUCCCUGGUUACUCCAGUCCCCUCCAACCUCUCAACAACACGCUGGUAAAUUAAUCGGCCGCUGUUAUUUACCCCUGUGCAGUACAGAUGAGUGGCAGGAAAAUCAAAGAGGGGAUUGAUGGGGAUGUGAGAGUGAAUAGAUCACAGGGAAAUAAGUGAGGGAAUGAGACUGGUGGAAAUGCCCUGGUUUGAUGAGCUGAACGACCUCCAUCACGGCUGAAGAGAAAUACGAUAAAAAGUGCUGACCCUGAAAACGCCAAAUCUGCUUCUCCCUCCAUAGAUGCUGCCUGUCUUGCUGAACAUUUCAGACAUUCGCUGCUUUACUUUUGGAUUCACAAGUAUUUCACUUUUGAAUUGACAGGGAGAUGGACGUUGAUGGAGGGGUGAGAAUGUUUGACUCUGCAGGAUUGACAAUAAUGUGGGUGGCAUGCAUAUUACAGUGAAGGGGGUGGGGAGAAUAUGCAUGUGUGAGGCCUUCAUAUUUGGGGAAUGGUUUUGAGUGGAAGAAGAAGGAAGAAGCAGUUCCUUUUUUUGAACUGCAGCUCAUUUUUGUUCAUACUCUUGCAGCUUGAAUACGAUUUUUGUGAUAUUCAAAUGUUUAAGAUUUAAAAAUGCAUUUUAACAAGCCAAUGAGUUAGAUAUUACUGUUGGGUAUAAUUGUUUGUGAAUAUUUUUUCCCGUAUAUUCUCGUGAACAACUUUUAUGCUGAGUUUAUUAAAGCUGAAUAGUUUCUCUGGGUAAAACACUGCAGUAUUUUGAUGGUUAAUUUAGCAAGUGUUUGUUGAAGUCUGUGGAGGACCUUCAUCGAGAUAAUGGAUGCAAAAUGUCAAACACUAAUCAAUAACAUAGCCUAAAUCCUUUUUUAUUACAUUAAGGAGCCUGCCUGCCUUCCAAUUUCUAUUCUAAAAGGAUAAUUUGCUCCUUGAACGAUAAGCCUCCAGUUUAUUUGAACAGUUUCCAGUUCAGCCUUUUGGCCAAAGUGACCAAGCAGGCCUUAACCUCUUCUAUACCAGUUUAAGGCUUUUGAUUGCAUAACAUACUGCAGAUGAACUAAAGGUGCAAUAUCACUGUGUUUCAAUUCCUUUAAGGUUUGUGCUCACAGGUUUGACGAGAUGGAUGUUGAUCGCAGCAUCCACUUUGGGAUGAAGGCAAGUGCCACAGAUGGCGGUCAAUGUUAUUCAUUGCAAGGGGACCCCCAAUAUGAGACUGAGAGCCACGCUCUGCAUGACUGCCAUUAGAGACGAUGAGUCAGCCAUACUGACAUUAACAUGACAAUUUCCAGCCCUGUGUGCUGGGUUCGAGUGCUGGUCCCGAAGCUCCAUUAAAGGAGGACUAUUCACUUGGAAUUGUCUACAGUGUUGAAUUAUCCUAGCACUAAUGUUGUAUAUUUGAUGCCAUGUUGAUGGCAUUUCUGUGUUCUGUGCAAACCCCUUUGUACAGAUCAAGCACAGUGGUCAUUGUCAAAAUCACCUGUAAUGAUUCUAUAUUGCCUUUGUUGUUUUAUAGCAAAUUUACAAGACAGUAAAAGUAUACUUUUUUACGUUUUGUUCACAAAAUAAACUAAAUGUUUUUGCUGGU